CAGGUUAGGGGGUCCUCCAGGACCAGGGUUGGGAAUCACUGGUCUGUGGCACUCCAGGACCAGGGGUGCCUACCCCUGCUUUAUAUAUUCAGAAAAAUAUCUGCCUCCUCCCAGACCAGCUUUUGGCAAAAUGACAGAAUGCAAACUUGUGUGCAUUAUAAAAUAAAAAAAAAGAUUUUAUGGUAGAAAUUUGGUAUCUCCUAAGUCUGAAGGUUACAGGAAGGGAAUUGAAUGACAAUCUGAUUGAUAAAAAAUGAAAACAUUGUUCCUUAAUGUGAUCUAACAAAAGUGAAACAAAGUAGCAGAGUCAGAAAACUGUUCAUUCCAAUUGCAUUUUACAUGUGUCUUCAUACUUAGAUUUGAUUAUACUUGAUUUAUUAUAAUGAUCAUUAUUAUUAUGUAAUUUACACAAUCCAUGAUACAUAGCAAAUUCAAAACUAAUUAAAAAACUAAUAUACAAUAAGUUUUAAAAAAUCAGUGUACAAUAGUUACAAUUUUGAAAGCAAACAAAAAACAGACCAUGUGCUAUAGUACUUUCUAACACAGACUUAGACAGUGAUAAUUCUCAACGUUUAGUUUUUUGUUUUUUAAAGGCGGUACAGAUGGAUUGUCCAACGUGAUGGAGGAUGCAGUCAGAAUCUGUCUUCACAAAAUGAAGUGAUUAGGUCUAUGAUUGCCUUAAAACAAUGCAGUACAGCUGCCGAGUUUGAAAAGAUGUCAAAGGAAGUGAUUGUCAAAAUAGACAGAGAAACUGGCAGUUCAGUAAUUUCACAGUAUCUACAGGACCAUUGGUUUCGAAAUGCAGACAUGUGGGCCAAUUUUGGACGGAGAGUUUACCACCAAGACAGUGAAACGAACAACCUUGUUGAGAGAUUUUUUUUCAGCAUGAAGUAUCAGUUUUUUCAUGGCUAUGCAAACAGACGAGUUGAUGAACUACUUCUACUACUUAAUACCAAGGUGGUCACUUACUACAGGUAUCUGGAAGAUCUUCAUGGUGCUCAGAGGAUUUCUGAUUCCAAAACACAGGAUACUGCAGAAUCUGCAUUACGUAUGAAGAACAAAGGCCUUCAAGAUAAUUUUGUUUACAAAUCAGGUGGCCAUUGCACAGUGCCUUCAGAAGCAGAUAAAGCAAAAUGUUAUGCUGUGGAUUUAAUUAGCAUGAAAUGUGAAUGCGCCGUUUCUGAAAGGGGUAAUUUGUGCAAGCAUAUUGAGUUUGCAAAAAUGAUGUGCAAAGAACAGGGGAUUGAUAUUGAUGGAAUUCGAAAAGAAUUAGCCAGUUCACUAACUGAACAGCAUUGCUAUGAGUGGGAUGGAAAACAUUUAAUUGUACAUUGUGCUGGUAGUUUUGGAGUAGUACAUGUGCAAAACCAACAGUGUACCUGUCUUGCCAAUAGUCUUGGAGAAAUAUGUGUCUGUCUAAGACUUUCUGAGUUAAUUGGUACACAGAACCCUAACCAAGAGGUAACUGACUGCUUUGCGAAUACCACAGCAAAUUGUCAAUCACACAAUAAACAGUUGUGUGUAAAGAAGAUGAUUUCAGACUUGAAGGAGUGGUGUGACAGCAGUGAUUAUAAGGAAUCUCCAGAGUUGAAUGCUGUAGUAAAACGUGCACACCAACUAGCAUUUGGACAGUAUAGCAUGGCCAGCAAUACAAUAAAAAUUAUAAGGCUGCAUGCUUACAGAAAACGCAUUGAAAGAGCAAGAAGCCAUGCUAUAGACAUGCAUUCAUAUCAGCUCAAAGAACCCCUUAAUCGAGCUUUAUAUACCCAUAGACCUGAUUCCAAAUUCAAAGUCUGUUCCUUUAGAAAAAGAAUAAUUGGUAGCAGAGCAAAGAAUCAGAUACUAAAAUCGAGCUGAACGUGUGCUGUUAUGAGCCCGUGCCUUUAUUUUUGAAUUACAGAAAGCACACAAAACUGGAAUAAGUAUAGAGGUUAAUUACAACCGUUAAGGACCUCAAAGGUCUCUUCAAGUAAGAGUGAAAUAGCUAUUUAUAUGUAUAGUGGCAGCAUGUUAUCAAAAAUAAAAUAUAUGUUGCAUUGUUCUAAUUGCUGAUGAUUGUAUUCUGGCCAAGUUGGUCGAUAUUUGAUAUGGUAUGUCUCCCUUUUCUCUCUUAAUCAGAUUACUUAAAUACAACUUAAAUGUGCAUUAUUGUAACACUUUGUAAAUAGAAGUUGUAAAAAUAUGAUUUGUAGUAAAUAGAAAGUGCAAUCUUUAAGUAGCGAGUCGUGUAAAAGCAAAUUGUUAAAAUAAAAAUCUAAGCCUGAACUGAAUUUCUUUCAAAGGGGGAACAUGUCAGGGUGUUAUUACAGCUGAGAAGUUGGGAGGAGGGUUCUUCUGUACAGCACUUUUUUCCACAAUUGGGUCCAGUACUUUGUAUUGCUCUGUAUCAGUCUGCUGAAGCAUGUAUGUGCAGUUUUACAUUUUAAUACUGCUAAUAUUUAACGGAGGCUGUGUGGUCCAAUGGUUAAAGAAAAGGGCUUGUAACCAGGAGGUACCCGAUUCAAAUCCCACCUCAGCCACUGACUCAUUGUGUGACCCUGAGCAAGUCACUUCACCUCCUUGUGCUCUGUCUUUCGGGUGAGACGUAAUUGUAAGUGACUCUGCAGCUGAUGCAUAGUUCACACACCCUAGUUUCUGUAAGUUGUCUUGGAUAAAGGCGUCUGCUAAAUAAACAAAUAA